AUGAUUGCGGAUCCUGUCCACAACAAUACAUGCACAUUCUAUGAAUGGUCACGAAAUCCACAUCAUGCCAAAUUCUUUCGAAUAUUCUCUAUCAUAUCGGUAUUGACCGUCCUAGUGGUCGUUGUCGUUCUUGGUAAUGCACUUGUCAUCGCAGCAGUACUUCUACGAAGGCGUUUACGGUCCGCUACUGGACUGUUGAUUCUGUCGCUAGGUGUUGCCGAUCUUUUGGUAGGAACUGUGAUUCUCCCGUUCAGUAUUGCUAACGAGGUACUUAGCGGAUAUUGGAUAUUCGGUGAAACGUGGUGUACCAUAUGGUUGACGAUGGAUAUCUGGAUGUGUACAGCUUCCAUCUAUAAUCUCGUCGCUAUAUCGAUUGAUAGAUAUAUAGCCAUCAUCAAACCACUCAACUAUCCCAUGCUAGUGACCAAAUUCCGUGCUCGAUGCACCGUUGCGAUUGUAUGGAUUGGCUCGUUCAUCAUUUGCAGUCCAAGCUUCUUCCUUGCCUCUUCUAUCAAGGAUAUCAAUCAAGAACCUUGUAAAUGUACACCUGCUAACGCUGGACGAGUUUACAUAACCUUCAGUGCUUCAAGCAGCUUCUACGUACCGAUGAUAAUCGUCAUAUUCGUCUAUUUCCGUAUUUACAUCGCCGCCCGAGCAGCAACGAAAAGUAUCUAUUCGGGGAUGAUGCAAGUUACUGCAAAUGCCAAUAGGAGCACAAAAAUCGCAAAAAUCAUCCCCUCCUUUUCCUUUUCGGAUCGGGGAACUGUGGACCAAAGACAAAGCGGGACAGCCAAUGAAACUGCGCCACAACCAACAAAAUCGCCACUUAUGGCCAAAUUGCGGAAGAAUCCUCUACGAAAGCUUAUGAAUCGAGGUCACGCAAAGAAAAGCAGUGGCGCCUAUGAGAAACGUCUCUCACUGGAGAUUAAAGCAGCCAAGACCGUGGCCAUUGUGACCGGCUGUUUCAUAUUCUGCUGGCUUGGAUUUUCACUGCUGUAUGGACUGGAGCUACAAACGAACGAUGUCGUAUGGUCGGUGCUGUUCUGGCUUGGCUAUUUGAACUCGGCACUGAAUCCCGUCAUCUAUACCGUCUUCAAUCGUGAAUUCCGAACCUGUUUCAAAUGGUUGCUCACUUCUGUUGAAGAGAAAACGGUGAAAACAAGCAAAGAAAGGAAAGUUUACAUUGAAUGA